GCCGUUGCGUUCUCAUCUUCGUCUUCAUGGAAGAAAGCUCAAACACAAGCAUCCUCUCUAAUGGAAGAACAAGACCCAAAUGUGGACACGAUCUCCCAAUGAAAAUGUUUAUUUCCAAAUCCAAAGCAAAUCCAGGGAGAAAAUACUGGAAGUGCAAGCACUGGGGGAAAGAGGAGGAUUGCGAGCUGUUUCUAUGGGAUGAUGAGUAUUUUGGAGUGGACGUUUCAAAGGAAGAUCGUUUGGUCUGUACGUGCGAGACUGUCGCUCACCAGAUUAAGAUGCUCACGAAGGAGAUGGAAGACUUGAAGAUUACUAUUGACAACACUAGAAAAGUAGUGAAAUUUGUGAUAUCAAUAGUUGCUUGUUACUGUGUGUUUUAUGGUAUAGGCUUAGGUAGAAUGUAAGAAUUUAUGUUAUAGGCUU